UGGGUAGAUCAUCAAAAUAAAAACCCAGUAAUCACUAUAUUUUCCUUAUUUUUUUGUUGUCCAAUUUUAAUACACUAUCAAGUAAAAAGGAUCGAAGAUUGUGAACCAAAUUUAUGCAAGAUGCCUUAUCUAUACGGAAUAGCGGACACCAAGUUCCUUCACCAGAAGGUGAAAACGAAGGUCAAGGUCCGUUCGGAGAUGCCGCCCACAAAGUUUCGACGGAACGAUUUCCUCAAGGGUUGCCCCAAAUACGAUAAGGACGACGUACCCAUACAGUUCAGAACAUCUCCCGAUUCUCUCGUAGAGCUGUGUUCCAUUGUGGUGGAUAAGCUGCCAAUACCAUCGAUCUUCGAGUGGGAUGAUAUGGAUAUCAGGCGUUGGAUUAAUGGAUAUGGUUAUCCUCAGUAUAUGAACACCUUUCGUGUGAAUAUGAUCACGGGACGAAAGCUGCUCCUGCUGGACGCCACUGCUCUGUGUGCCAUGAACAUCAAGGACUUCGAUCACAUCCGGCAUAUAACCUAUGCUAUUCGGAUGCUGUUCCACUUCGAGCUGACCAAGUUCUCCUCCAGUAUUUCACUGCCGGAUGAGAAGCCCAACGAGCUGUACUUGAUGUUCCACACGCAGACUGGAGUUAACUACGAUGAGGUGCGGAGGUCGGAUCUCUAUCGAAGGAUGCAGAUCCUCCGGGAGAGGGCCCGCAACUUAGAUCACUGGGAUCUGCUAUAUCUGUGGUUGCGCAGGGAGCAGGAGCGCAAGUACAAGGAGCUAAUCGGAAUGGUUCCGCGGGCCAAGAUGUACAAGUGCGAUACGGAGGUGGUGAAGCCGGAGCAGUCGCCACCGGAAAUGGAACUCGAGGAGCUCAUGUGCAUGACUUGCAUCCCGCCCUGCGAUUGCGACUGGACAGAACGGGAUCUCCGGCUGCCAUGGCGAAUGGAGUGCCUGGCUCCCCUGCUGGCCACCACCAUGAGCAAGUGGAACUCCAUGCAGGCCCAGUGCCCCGUAUGCAUCCCGCCCUGCGAGUGCCGCUGGCCACCGCGCUACUACCUCACGGGCACCGUCAUCCGGUGCCUGCAGCAGCGCUUCCCGGAGAAGUUCUGCCCCAUCUUCGACGAGCGCUACCGGGCCUCACCGCGUCCCAGUCUCGUGGAGCGCUGGACCCGCUUCUCCAUUUGAUUCGGAUCAUCUGGAUACUAUAAAUGUAUUUAUUUUAUAUGGGCUGUAUUUCGGAUCGCUGAUC